AUGGAUUCAGAUUCCAGUUAUGUCGAGGACGCCGGCAACGAAGUGUCACCGCUUGAUCAGGUGUCCCCAUCAUCGCCACCUCCACAAAAACCGCCCGAUGCUCUGGACGUCAACACAUCGCCUCCAGCAUCUUCGAUAGCCUCGCGGACCGUCCCGUCUGUGAUAUUAGACAACCCGUUUGCGCAAGGAGAAGAUGGCAAAACUUACUUUACUCGCCCUAACCGCUACUUCGGCGCCGCGUCGACCUGGAAUUCCUGGACCAAGGCGGAAAGGACAGUGGCUCUUAGCUUGGAUCGUGUACGCAGUCAGGAUCUGAGUAUCCACCUGUUCAACGCUUUCGGGCUGAAGCGGAAGUUGCGCCAACAAGGUGGAAGAGACGUGAAGCGGAGCAAGAAGGGCAAGGAGAGAGCAACAUCGAUCCUCUCGACGACAGCCGAGUAUGAUGACGAGGGACGGCGCAACGGAGGCAAUUACGGUCUUGCCAAAUCUUGGACAGCCUGGCCUAUGCCUCCUGAUCAGGUUCCUAGGGAAGAAUUACUCCCCCGUACAGAAUUAGAGAGCGAGUAUCGCGUGGAGAGAGAAACGCGACCCAGUGCCAAUCUUGAAGAGUGGCUGAUUGCAACUGCUACGCGGAUUGCUAGAGAAAGAUGGAAUGCGAGGGAAUGGGAAGAAGACCUGACCUUAGCCGUCUCGUCGGAGAGAGAUACGAAAGUCGACCACGGAGAUGCUGAUGUGAGCGCGCCUGAGAAUGUACGCGAUGACAACGAUGAUCAUCAAGAAUUAGCAGAAGAGGCAGAGGCCCCCCACUCGCCGGAAGCUACAGAGGAACCCGUGUUCUACUCCCAAGCGUUUUCCUUUUACGAUGAUGACGAGGAACAGGGCCCCGCCCCGGGCGACGAAGAGAAAAGAGACAGUGACACGGAUGAUGCGGAGCGACGCCCCGUUCCACUUGCAGAUGACGAAAAAGCACGCGGAUACUUUCUUGCCAGCGCGCGACACAUUUUGAGGAAAGUCGAUGACUUGCUGCUCGGUCUCCAUAAAGCCAGAUACGCCUACGCGGCGAAGCCACAAAGCAACCGAAGAGGGAAGAAUUCUCAUAGCCCUGGAGACGACACAAGUGAUUUCACUCGAGGAAGAAGCGGGUCGCGUCCAGCAACAAGGCAGAAGGCACGUUCAUCGUCCGCAUAUACCGACUUAUCAAGCGCCUCCAUCACCUCGGUUACAUCUCGCGCGCGGUCUCGGAGAGUCGAGAAUCUCGGCUUACGGGAUUGGAGCGAUGUGAUAGGCAUGGCUAGCCUGACGGAUUGGAAUCCCUUGGUCGUCGAACGUGCAAGUGGACGAUGCGCGAAGCUGUUUGGCGAGACGAUGCUGUUCCGCACAUUCUACGAGGGACAGGGCAAGGAAGGAAGUGAAUCGCACUUUACCGAGCACCUUGCCAAUGAGACCGGGAGCCUAGCACCAUCUCCAAUGGGAGAACAAGAGACAGAGUCCAACGGAGAUGAGCCACUCGCAGUACGCAUCUCCAGACCCUGCGAGAGGUGUCUAGCUACGAAGGUCGAAUGCCGGCCUGCGGACGGCGAGCCUGGACUCUCAAGAACAUGCAGGAACUGUCGGGAGACCGGGAGCGCGUGCUCGAGAAUCAAGGUAGGCCUGGCUAGAAAUGAGCGGACCUGUCCAUACCGGUCCUGCCCGAGACAUAAGGUCCCAUUUCGGAAAAGAUGGCAUCUCGAGCGGCACAUCAACAGCGUGCACGGGCAGACAGGGACAGGUGGCUCAGGAGCGAGCGAGAGAGGACAAGGCUCGAGAAAUGCCAGUAUUGGCGCCAACAGUGCCUAUACCGACUUCGAUGCCGACGAUGAAUCAAACGAGGACUCAGAGCACCAAAUCCUCUGCCCUGUCCAAUCAUGCCCACGAGCAAGGAUGUCUUUCUCAAAGGGUAAGAGACUCUACGAGCACAUACGACGCAUGCAUCCGGAGGUCGAUGUUGAUGAAGUCAAGACGAGCGAGUCACGUAGAAGGGGGGAGAGGAGAGGGAGGUGGAGGGAUGAGCGACGGACGAGGAGCAAGAGCUGCCCCGGUGACGGGAGCCGGAGCCAAAGUCGGCAUCGGAGUCGCCGGGCAGGCAAGACGAGGGAGGGUGAUGACGAGAAUCAGAGCGAGACUGAGGAUGAAGGCCGGGCAGAGGAGGAUGGGGAGGACUCUGUCGAUGAGGAAGGGUGA